AUGACCAGCUUCCCUCCCCCUCAGCCUGCAGCUCAGAACUCGAUUGCUUCCAGUACAAACAGGAAUUCGGGCGCACAGCCAGUGAGGGGACAACAGUCAGCCUGGGGGCUACCUGCCCCGGGAACAAGCGCUCGCCGUGGGCUCACUCCUUUGUCAACUAAUCUUGGCUCCUCGUCGCUUGAAUAUUCAGGGCGCCCAAGUCACACCUCAUCCUCCUCGCCAUUCACACCAUCCUUCUCGUCCGUUCUCAACUCCUCAACACAGAACGAAAACAGCAGACAAUCAUAUCCCUCCUCUAUAGCAGCGACAACCUUUCCUUCACUGCAAUCUGGAUCUCAACAAGCUCCAUCAGGUCAGUCGCUCUUGUCACCUCGGUCAAGAGCCAUCACGCCAUCUUCGACUCCAUAUUCGGCGUCCUCCGCCGCGGCUUCGACCACCGCAUCUCAAGCUGGAGGAGGUGGGGGUAGUGGUGGCGGAGGAAGCUCUAGGCAUCAAACUUUCUCUCCUCCAUUACCACAAUAUAGUUUGAGCUCUCCCACAACCAACGCCUUUGAUCGACCAUUCACGGGGUCAAUCUCCUCUUCGGCUGCGUCUGGCCAAUCCUCUGUAUCUAAGAUUGUCGUGACUCAGGUCUUUCUGCUGCUGGGCUCUAUAACGGAGAAGGAAGGUAAAGCAAAGUGGGACGCCCAAGCAGAGGCUAUCCACAAGCUCGUGGACUCGAACGGCAUGGAAGUCUUCUCUAAAUAUUUUCGUCGCCUCCUUGUUGGGAACUCUCCCCAAAUAUUCCCAGGUACCAAUCGCAAUGUUGAAAAUCCCAGCAACUACUACCUAUUAGUGCAAGAGAUAGAGAAGAUAACGCAAGAUUCUGAGCAAGCUCCAAAAAUUGCAGAGAUAAUAGACACUUCUGAAGGCGAUAUCUUUCGUGACUUUGACCUUGCGACGUUCAUGAAUCACUUCGGACUAGAUCCGUUGGCGAAGACUUUGCUGGCUUCAGCUUUUACGCACGUCUCGAAAACAGAUCUGAAGGCUAAGGCUGGAGCCAUACUUCUUGAGAAUUUCGACGGCAUCAUUGCAAGCCUCGCAAAUCUCGAAAACGACAACUACGAUGUCGCUCCUUCGUUACUCGCAACAUGCGCCCUCAGAUUCUUCGAAGAUUUACCCCAAGAUUCAAGAGCAAAUAUUGACCUGAAGCGCCUGGGCUACGCGCUGGAGCAUCGCUAUUCUCAAAAAGGCAUAACAGUGCCAUCGGAAGUACGAUCAGUACUCUUCUUAUUCAACCUGUUAGAAAUGAAGUAUCACCUGGUGAAGGAGAUUCAUCUCCGUGGCCCUCAAGUAACGAGCAGUCCUACAGCCGCAAAAGAAUUUCUAUCACGGCAUACGGAUGAAACCUUGGAUGAGAGACAGGUAGCCGGUGCACUUCUCUUCAUGGUGCUGAUCCCAGCGCGACAGCAAUACUCUCCUGCUGUGUUUGUAUCUGCGGUUCACGACUACGUGGAGCGUUUCUUUGACUGGCAGACAGUGGUUCGGGAGCUGGAUCUCAAAGGUCUUGAGGUCUCAAGGGACCAAUUCCUCGCUCUAUAUAAUGCACUGCUCCCAAUGUCUCAGGAGAACGCUCAAUUUGACAUCCAGCAACUUUGGGGAGGUCGAUGGCGCAACCCCCAGACACAGGUCUCAUUCAUCCGAGCUUUCCUAUCGUGUCAGCCAUCAGAGCUCGAUGCAACGAACAUACCCGACCUACGCCCAGCUUACGAUGCCCAUGCGUUAUUGGAUGCCCCUGAGAACGUUGCGCAGCAUGCCGAAAGAGCAAUACGAGACACGAUGAUCUCAUUAGAUGCAGUCACGGCUAUGUUCGAUCUCAUCGUUCGCCCUGAUGAAAUGCCGUCUCAGGAAGUGGAGGCACUAUUGGCGGAGAUUAUUCGUGGCAAAGAGGCACUGUUUCUUUGCUCGUCUGCAGGGAUCGCAAAGCCAUGGAGCAAAGGACAGGAGUACAUCAUGUCAAGUCUAUUGAGGAUCUUCCUGGACAAGGAGCGACCAGAUCACAACUAUGUUCUUCACUCACUGUGGAAACAAGACAAAGGAUGGGUCGCGACGAAACUCGUCGAAACCCACAUCGACGAUCCGCUUGAAUUAACCAUGAUAAUGGAUCUUGCACGGGAGCAAGAGUGGUUGGUGGACUUGUUCACACUCAUGAAUGGAUUUGGCCUAGAUCUAGCUGCGCUAGCACAUCGCGAAGGCCUCCUUGACCUUGAAAGUUGGGCAGAUGACAAAAUCGCACAGGAUGCCAGUGGAUUCGUUAUGGGUGUUUUCAAAUUCUUGAUGCUGAAGGCCCAGGACGAGCUCCGAAUCGCACGAGACGAACAGUCGGAGCCGCGGACGGUGAGCCUGGCCAUGAAGACGGUCUAUGAUUUCCUGGCCAUGCUAGACCAGCAUAUGACAGAUAGAUCCGAGCUGAAAGCACUCCAACGACAAUGCUUACAGGCAUACCCAAGAUUGAUCAUCUAUUGUGAAGGGAUAGAAGAGAACGUUGAUGUCGACUGCAAAGAGAGCAACCGAUUACCAAAAACUGCGGACCAUGAGAUGCAAGCGCUAUACAAAAGGAUGUACAAUGGUGACCUGAAGGUAGAGAACAUCUUGGAGUAUUUACAAGAAUGUAAAGCCUCCAAUGAUCGGAACAAGGUUGAUCUCUUUGCUUGUAUGAUACACGGGCUCUUUGACGAGUUUUCAUGUUUCGGCGAAUACCCCCUAGGCCCGCUAGCAACGACUGCCGUGCUGUUCGGUGGUAUCAUCUCAGUCGGCCUCAUAUCAGAUCUAACCCUUCGAGUGGGUCAAGAGAUGAUUUUGGACUCCGUCCGGGACUAUCCGCAGGAAGCGUCAAUGUACAAGUUCGGCCUUCAGGCAUUGCUACAUGUUCUUGAUAGGCUUCGAGAGCCGGAGUGGACCGAAUACUGCAAUCGACUGGCGCAAAUUCCCGAUCUUCGUGGUACCGAGCCGUACAGAAGAGCCCUCGAGGUGCUUUCACAAAAUGGUUCUCAAGGACCGGAUGAUUCAAAUGCUGUCAAUGGCUUAGCGGAUGGAAUAAGCCUUCCAAACGGCGACAUUGACGACUUCCUUUCUCCAGACACAACCUUCCGCUUCAAAUCCGUCAACGCAGAGCCCUCUUCAGCUUAUGAUGAGCCUGACGAAGAGACACAAGAAAAAGUCGUCUUCUUCUUUAACAAUGUUUCUGAGCAAAAUCUGAAGAGUAGAUUGGGUCAGCUCCAGGAAGCGCUCCAGGACAGGCAUCAUCAAUGGUUCGCCUUCUUCCUUGUUGAGGGGCGUGCCAAAGUCGAACCAAAUUAUCAGCCGCUUUACCUUGACAUAUUGAACCUCCUUGGCAACAAAGUUCUAUGGAAUGAAGUCCUUCGAGAAACCUAUGUCAGUGUCCAGAAAAUACUCAACGCCGAGUCCACAAUGCAAUCUGCAUCCGAGCGAAAGAAUCUAAAGAACCUUUCUACAUGGCUGGGGUCUUUGACGAUUGCACGCGACAAACCAAUAAAGCAUAAGAACAUCUCCUUCUUGGACUUCCUCAUCGAGGGUCUCGAGACACAGCGAUUGAUCCUCGUUAUUCCGUUUACCUGUAACGUCCUGGCACAAGGCACAAGGUCGAUCGUAUUUAAGCCACCGAACCCUUGGGUUAUGGAAAUAAUCGCAGCCUUACUCGAAUUAUACUUCCAUUUCGAUAUCAAGCUGAACCAGAAGUUCGAGAUUGAGGUUCUCUGUAAGGAAUUCGGCAUGGUUGUGAACGAGGAGGAUGCUUCGACGACGAUUCGAAACAGACCUCUCCACGACGAGGACUUGCCGAGUAGUGUGCUACCCGACGGGCUGGACGGCUUCGACGAUAUGAAUUUGAGUGGAAUUAGCCGGACCGGUCGAAGCUCAAGGUUUGAUACUGACACAUUGUCUUCUGCUUUGCCGGAUCUGGAAUCUGUGCUCGUGUUUCCGCCAGCCACCGGCAGCCCUGCUACUCAAGCUCGACUACGUGACAUUGUUCAAGAGGCCGUCAAACGCGCUAUCUUGGAGAUCAUCGCUCCGGUUGUGGAGAGAUCAGUCACCAUCGCAACGAUCGCAACUAGUGCUCUGAUUCAUAAGGACUUCGCUCGCGAAUCGGACGAAGAUCGAGUGCGCAGAGCUGCACAACAGAUGGUGCGCCAACUGUCUGGAAGUCUUGCCCUCGUUACUUGCAAAGAGCCCCUCAAGAUGAGCAUGACAAAUUACAUCCGCAUGGCGCAGCAGACAGAUUUUCCAGACCAAGCAUUUCCUGAAGGUGCUAUUCUGAUGUGCGUGAAUGAUAAUCUGGACACGGCAUGCAACAUAGUAGAGAAGCAAGCUGAAGAGCGAUCUAUGCCCGAGAUCGAGGCUCACAUCGAGGCUGAGAUAGCACAGCGACGACAACAUCGGGCCGAGCACCCCAGCGAGCCCUACAUGGAUCCAGCUUUCAAUCGGUGGGCCGGAUUCAUCCCAGAUCCCUACAAGCAGGCAUCUGGCGGUUUAAAUCAAGAGCAAAUGGCAAUCUAUCUUGAGUUUGCCAGGCAAUCCCGGGGACCCGCAAGCCACACUCAAACUGCUUCAGCAGACAGCGGGAGACAGCUGCCCGACGUACUACAGGAGGCAUUUGCAUCAGUGCCGAAUGUCCACACUCCCGCCGAGACGCUACCAAUGCCACACCAGCAUUCUCAGCAGCAGCAACAGACCGGUCGUAUGCUCCCGCCGCCGGUGCCUAAUUUGAUGGCCGCAGCCCAGACAAAUGGAUACGCGGAUCUUGACGCCGUUCAGGAUCGCUUAUCCCAGCUCCUUGGUGAAACCAGUCGAAUGGUGAAGGAAAAUCCAGAUCGAUCUAUGAGUGAGAUACAACGAGACCGUUGUUUGGUAGAGGUCCUUAGCCAAGCAUGGGACCUGAUUGCCUCGUCUCCAGAUACCAUUGCCAUGAACUGUGCCGAGGAGAUCUGCAAAGGGAUCUAUGGGAAUUCCAUGAUACGUCUCGAGAUCGAAGUGUUCGUGCAUUUACUGGCACGAUUGUGUCUGACGUACCCAAGCAUCAGAAAGGAGGUCGCGAUAUGGGCAAUGAAUUUAGAGGAACAGAAACUUUUCAACAUCGAUGUAACGGCCGCACUGGUCAAGGUUGAUCUUUUGCAACUAAAGCAACUCGACAUGUUUUUGACCGGUUUGAUCUAUGACCGGGAGGAGCUUGCGCUUGAAGUCUUGUCCGACAUCAUGGAUGCCUUGCUGCUCAACGACCAUCCGACGGCACUACGGGCCGAUUUUGCGAGCAGCUUAGGUGCUCUAGGCCAAUGGCUCAUGGAGGAUCCCGCCCUGAUCAAGGCCGAGGAACUUGUCCAACGACUGAAAGAGUGGGGAGUCAAUGCGACUGUCGACGUCAGACCCGACGAGAGUCUUAUUAGAAAGCAUCAAAUGCAGUACAUAUUCGCAGAAUGGGCUGCAAUAUGCGAUGCUUCGCCAAAAAGCCCUAGCGAAAAUAUCUUCCCAGCCUUUAUAUCACAGUUGCACCAGAAACAGUUGGUCAGCUCACAAGAGGAUAUGUCUGUGUUCCUUCGAUUCUGCAUUGACGACGCGAUGGAUAAUUACGGCCAUGCUAGUCUGAAUGCUGAUGGGAACUCGGACGAACCGUUUUUCAAGGUCGAUUGGUUGGCCAGGCUCAUUGUGCUACUGGUGAAGAACCAAGGCGAAAUCAAUGGGUCUGUGAAACGUAACAAGGCCGCGUAUAUGAAUUCAAUCUUGGCCAUUCUUACCUUGAUAAUCAACAACCAUCACGUCAUGCAAGGAGAGCGCUUCAACCAACGGGGUUUCUUUCGCCUCCUUUCGAGUAUUCUGUGCGACUGGCAUGACUUUGGGCGAGAAGGAGAUACACCGGACCGAGACAUGCUCAUCGUCUUCGCAAACAACUUUCUGAUGUUGACACCUCAUCACUUCCCAGCUUUCGCCUACAGCUGGCUUAUGCUGAUCUCGCACCGGCUUUUCAUGCCCAGCCUGUUGAAGCUCUCAAACGAUGAGGGUUGGGACUCAUUUGCCAAGCUCAUGGAGGCAGCGCUGUCGUACAUCUGCCAGUUUCUGAAGCCGAGCACCAUCACACCUCUCGCAAUGGACCUCUACCGAGGCAUACUCCGCAUUGUUCUCAUCUUGCACCACGACUUCCCUGAAUUCUUGGCGGAAAAUCACUUCCGCCUCUGCAACUCUAUCCCACGGUACUGCACGCAGCUUCACAAUCUUGUGCUCAGCGCCUAUCCGUCUUCCUUUCCAGAGCUCCCUGAUCCAUUCGUGACAGGACUAAAGGUAGAUCGUCUAGAAGAGAUGAGAAAAGCCCCCAGGAUCGUUGGCGAUUACACUGGACCUCUCAUUCAAAGCAACACCAAAGAUGUCAUCGAUGCAUCGCUAAGGAGUAAUGAGAUCUCGAGUGACAAUCUUACUCAUCUAGCUAACGCAGUGUACACGUCGAUUGAUCGUGGCCUAGCUGUGGAUCCCUCUCUUCUACACGCUAUCGUCUUGUACAUUGGUCAAAGCGCAAUUGCGACGGCUGGGCAGAAGGGCGGUCAGCCAUUUACCGGUGACUCUCCUCAAGCCUCUUUAAUGACCAAGCUGGCGAGGGAGCUUCAUCCAGAAGCACGCUACUACUUCCUUAGUGCUAUGGCUCACCAACUUCGCUAUCCCAACAGUCAUACCCACUACUUCAGCUAUGCUCUCCUCCACCUUUUCGGAACAGAUCUGGCGGAUCAGCAGGAAUCGGAUGUGCGCCAGCAAAUCACUCGAGUACUGCUUGAGCGUCUCCAUGUGAUCAAACCACAUCCAUGGGGCCUUGUCAUCACAACAUUGGAACUGAUCAAGAAUUCGGACUACAAUUUCUUCCAGUUGCCAUUCAUCAAAGCUUCACCAUUGAUUCGAACUAUGUGUGAACGCUUUUCGCAUUCGGCGCAAGAGCGAGAGCAUUGGGGUGAUCAAUUUACUCAGCACAUAUGA